GAAUCUUUAGGCUUAAGCAUACUCAGCAAAAUGUUUUACCUUUCGAUUAUUAGCGUUUCCUUAGGCGUUUUAAUCAUUGGUAGUACGGCCCAAAAUGAGAAGCUCAAAUGUUAUUCCUGCAAUCCUUCCCUUAACAAAGCCGAUUGUGAUACACCUGGGAAUAGCAGUUUGAAGUUAACCAGCUGUAGCGAGCAACCACUUAAUCAGGGAUACGAAUUUGUGUGCCUGGCGGGAUUCUUAAAUUUUUCAAGCUCAAAUAUGCUGACAGGAGUGUACAGAACAUGCGGACAAAAACCAACCAAAUCCGACUUCUGUUCGGUAUGGGAGAAAUCACAAACCCAAGCUGUAACCGUGAAGUCUUGUAGAACUUGUACUAGCGAUGGUUGCAACGCAGAUUUGUUUAAAGCAGAUGGGACUUUUGUUAAUAGCCAAGGCUUAAAUGUAGCCCAAGGGGUCGUCAUUCUUCUAUCAGCUAGUGUCCUGUGGGCUUUAACUUAGAAUCUUCUUUUUAGUAUAUUUAGUAUUUAUUUUGUCACAUAUUUUUAAUUUUGAAUAAACCAGAACC